AUGUCCCAAGAGAAGCAAGUAUGCAUUGACACUGGUAAAACAGAUGCUGGCGGAAGAUAUAGGGAUCAGUGUGGUAAUACCAUAACUGUUAAGAAGGUAGAAUCACCUUCAGGUCUUAAUGGUUACAAGAGAUACACUCACACACUUACCGUAGGGCAUUCUGUUGGUGGAAUAUAUCACAAUGGAGUGCAACAAAGUGGUAUAGACGUAAGUGGUGGAGGUUACUAUGAAAAAAAUGUAACAGUAUACUAUCUAGGGUAUGAUGAGAGUAACCUAGUACCAUUAAUAGUGGGACUUGCGAAGACCUGGCUCCCAAAUGAGUAUUACUACUACAAAAGAAGAUACCCUCUUGAGACUACUAGUCAAUGGAACCAAGAAGAUUACGAUGUUAAGCAAGAAAGUGACCUCUCUACAAAGCUCCCAGAAAUCAUCAAGGAUCUAAAUACGGUUGUUGUACUAAAUCUCAGUCAAACUCAAGGAAGAAGCUACUAUGCUAAUGGUGACAUUAGCCCACCUCAAGCAAAUUUAACUUUUCAAAUUGAAGUCACAGGGCCUUCUACGGAAUAUGCAAUCUACAGGAAGUACACUCACAAACCAUCUGGAGGAAUAGAUGCUAUGAGACUCAUUUCUACCAAAACCGCUUUUACAAACAUACCAUUUGAAGAUCCUAGGAUAUAUACCACAGAAUGCACACUUGCCUAUGUCUAUUACUGGUCGUUAGACGGUGGUCAUACUAGUCCCUUGUUACUGGAACUUACAUCAUCUGAUAAAUCUUCCAUCUACUACACACUUUCUGAUGGAAAAAGGUGGAUUAAACAGAACGGUAUAAGACAAAGAUGGAAGAAUACUGAUCUACAAAGUGUGCUUGAUAGGGAAAACUGUGGAAAGAAUGGAGCUCACCAGAUUGACAUUUCACGGAAGAGUAAUUUAGCCUUUAGAAACACUUCUUACUACUGUCCCUGUUGUGAUUAUAAGCAGAUUGGACUUUCUACCCAUGGUACAGACUAUUCCUAUUACUUCCAUAAUCUUUAUCGUGGCUUUUUCUCGAGAUUCAAGAAUGGAAGAACAGAACAGUCAGGAAUAACAUUCCCAGGUAUAAUAUCGAAUGUUUACGUUUACUGGUAUCCAAAAGGAUCUGAAGGAAUCCCAAUCCUGAUUAACAUACAAGGAUCAUCACAUUGGUUUGAGAGGACCUCUAUUGACUCUAGUACCUGGCGACCUGUAUCUAAUAAUAAACCAAAUAAUACAUUUGAUAAGAGAAAGAUACUGGAGCUUCUAAAGGAUAUACUGCCAACCGUUACUAUAGACAUUGGAAAAAUUAGCAUUAGUACUGGUGGAGAAUCUGGUACAUAUAGAGAUCCUUCUGGAGGAGGGGGUAAUGAAACUAUUCAAUUUAAAAAACAAAAAAUAGGUAGUGAUUACGUUAGUUUGACUAAUUCCGUAGAGACUAAAGGGGGUUUCAUAGUCAAUUUACAGCACAACGGUUCCCCUCUCCCCGGAGUAAAGCCUAAUUUAGUUGUUAAAAAUGUAACAGCUUACUACUCUGGAACAGGUCUUUCCCCUGACAACCUGCUAACGGUUGGCUUUGAGACGAGAGGUACUGGUUCUCGGAAAAACUAUGUGUAUUAUAGUAGAGAAACUAAGACAUCUAUAUGGAAACCGGAUUUACAGAAGAAUACUAAAUCAGGUGCUCCUCCUAGUACUACUCAACUUAGGGAGAUAAAGGAGAAACUUGAGUCUGAGCAAAGUCAAAAAUCUAAAGAUAGUGGAUCUAACGUCGGUACUAUAGUUGGUGGAGUGUUUGGAAGUCUUACUAGUGGAACUGCCGUAGGCCUUGGAAUCUGGAAGGGCACUGCUCUACUCUCAGCACUAAAAACGCUUUUAUAG